GCCGGGAGCGGGCCAGGCGCAGGCCGGAGAGUUGGGAGGAUGCGGCUGCGGCUGCGCUCGGGCGCUCUGGCCGCCGGCUGCCUGUUGGCCGAGGCGCUGGGGGUCGCGCUGUUCCUCCGCGGCUUCUUCCCGCUGCCCGUCCGGUCCCUGCCGCGCGGGGAGGCCCGCGCACAGCCUCCCGCCGAGCCGGCCCCGCCCGGCCCAGGAAUAGCUUCCAACUGGACCAAAAUUCCACCACCACUUUUCAGAAAAGUUGUCAUCGUUCUGAUAGAUGCUUUGAGAGAUGAUUUUGUCUUUGGAUCCAAAGGUAAACAGUUCAUGCCUUACACUACACAAGUUAUUGAAAAAGGGACUUCCUACAGUUUCAUUGCUGAAGCAAAGCCACCCACCGUGACUAUGCCUCGAAUUAAGGCUUUGAUGACGGGUAGCAUUCCUGGUUUCAUUGAUGUUGUCGUGAACCUCAACUCUCCAGCUCUGAUGAGUGACAAUCUGAUAUGGCAAGCAAAAGCAGCUGGGAAAAGAAUAAUCUUUUACGGUGAUGAUACUUGGGUAAAAUUGUUUCCAAAGCAUUUUGUGGAAUAUGAUGGAACCACGUCCUUUUUCGUGUCAGAUUUUACAGAGGUUGAUGAUAAUGUUACUAGACAUUUGGAUAGAGUGUUGAAGAGAGAGGACUGGGAUCUCCUAAUAUUACAUUACCUAGGAUUGGACCAUAUUGGACAUAUGACUGGGCCAAACAGCCCACUGGUGGGACCAAAGCUUCGUGAAAUGGACAACGUCUUGAAGAAGAUUCAUAUUUCUCUGCUGUCAAAGGAAGGAGAGGCUUCUCUGCCUAGUUUGCUGGUUGUUUGUGGGGAUCAUGGGAUGUCUGAAACAGGCAGUCAUGGUGGUUCUUCAGAAGAUGAAGUGCACACACCGCUGCUGUUUAUCAGCUCUGCUUUUGAAAAGAGAAGUGGUCCUCUAACCCAACUUGAACUUGUGCAACAAACUGAUUUGGCUAGUACACUGGCAGUAGGUCUUGGUCUACCAAUUUCAAGAAACAAUGUUGGGAACAUUAUAUUACCAGUUGUGGGAAGCAAAACAAUGAGAGAACAACUGCGUUUCUUGCACAUGAAUGGGUUCCAACUUAGCACACUGUUGCAAGAGAAUACACCCGCCUAUGAAAAAGAUCUUGGAUAUGAGCAGUUUAAGAUAGCAGAAAAAUCCCAUGGUAACUGGAUCAAACUGUACCUGGAGGGGAAUAAUUCAGAAAUACUCUUAAAUCUUGGCAAAAAGGUCCUGAAACAAUAUCUGGAGGCCUUGAGGACUUUGAGUUCUUCACUAAGCAAACAAGUGGCACAGUAUGACAUGUAUUCGAUGAUGGUGGGGACUGUGAUCGUUAUGGAGGUUUUGCUGCUACUUUUUCUCAGCGUGCCAAAAGCUCUGAGCAGUCGGGCAGAAUUUGAAGUGCCCCUCUCCCCUCCGCUCUUCUCUCUGCUGUUUUACUUGAUGUGUCUGAUGCUGUGUGCAGUUCACGUCAUUGUAUGCACAUCAGCAGAAAGUUUAUGCUAUUUCUGCAGUAUGUCCUGGUUAACAGCAGUUGGAGUGAUGAUGCUGAUUUCUGCACUCAUGUGCGGUAUUUUAUCUGCCGUUGGAAAGAUUCUUGAGAAUUCCAGACUGCCACUGAAGAAUCCUGGUGCAUCCAGUUCCAGCUGGUCAGAAGUAGACGUGCUGAUCCUGGCUGGAACAAUUGGUCAUGUUUUGAGUUUGGGAGCAAGCAGUUUUAUAGAAGAGGAACAUCAAACCUGGUAUUUUCUUAUUAAUACCCUUUGUUUGGCUCUGUGUCAGGAACUCUGUAGAAACCAUUUUCUUCUGAAAGAAUGUGACCUUCAGCUUGGCACAACUAUGAAACAAAAUUUUGAUAGUAUUGGAGAAGCCUCAGAAUGCAAGAAUAUAGACGUACAAGCAGCAAGUAAUUCAAAACUAGGCAAGGCUGCAUCUUCAGCUGAAUUUGUAAAAGGAUCAGAUAAGUGGAUAAGCUUAGCAAGUCCAUGGAUCAUUCUUAUUUGCUGUCGACUCCUUCGAUCCUUGAAUCAGACAGGGGUCCAGUGGGCUCAUCGGCCAGACUUUGGACACUGGUUGACAAGUUCUGAGCAUAAGUCUGAACUCUCCGUCUUGGCUGCAAUUUCCCUAGUUAUGAUCUUUGUUCUGGUUCAAAGAAGAUGCUCUCUGGUUUCAAAAAUUGCUAUGGCACUUGGGCUCCUGGGAGUCUACAGUUACCGGGCAGCCAUUGGGAAUGUCAUAUUUCCAUGGCAACAUGACAGCAAAGAUAUUUCAAAGGGGAUUACUGAAGCUCGUUUUGUUUAUGUCUUUGUCCUUGGAAUAGUCUUCACUGGCACUAAAGAUUUGCUAAAGUCACAGGUUAUUUCUGCAGACUCCAGUGUGAAGAGUACAGGACUAUGGGAAGUGUACAGUGGAUUGGUUCUACUAUCAGCCCUUCUAUUUAGACCACACAAUUUACCAGUCUUGGUAUUUUGUCUGCUGAUACAAACAAUGAUGACAAAAUACAUCUGGAGACCUUUGAAAUUUGAUGCAGCACAGAUUACCAUAAUGCACUACUGGUUUGGCCAGGCUUUCUUCUAUUUUCAGGGAAAUUCAAAUGGCAUUGCUACUGUGGAUGUUUCAGCAGGGUUUGUGGGACUAGAAAGCUACGUGGAGAUACCAGCAAUCUUCCUCACAGCAUUUGCAACAUAUGCAGGACCUUUGCUUUGGGCCAUUCAUCUUCUGUGCUACUUGAGUUCUGAAGUCAGCAGAUAAAAAGCUCAACUAGUAGUGUUGCCAGGUACAGUGCUGGUUUAAACUGCUGUCAAGUGGGUAGCUGUGACCUGUAAUACCCACAUCACUUAUGUAAGUAGAUUCCAUCAAGCAGCUUUCUGGUGUAGAAAUUUUAAGGUUCAUUUGGGUCAACUGGUAAGGUUGUUUCCUCUCCUGAACACUGAAUAACUCUGGGUUGAAGUCUCUCAAGCCCCUGGGACUUAUUUCUGUUGGUAUGUUAUCGUGAUCAGAACUUUAGUCUACAUGCUUUUUAUUUUUGUGUUUUGUAACUGGCUGAAUGGUUUCUAUAUUUCUUUGUUGUUAUUCCUUGGAGCAAAAUCUUAAACUGCAGAAGGCACAGGUCAGCUGCUCCAUGCCAUUUCUUAAAUAUAUGGAUGAUUGAGUUUAUUAAAAAAAAAAAAAUUGAGAUACUGUUUAUAAAUGCUUCUUAUUAAAUGCUUUAUAUGCAGUGCCUCAGUCAGUAUAAUUAAAAGCCUUUCCUUUCUUAUGUGAUCCUGAAUGAAGAUCCUUUCCCCACGUCAGAUAGAAAGGUCUAAAAAAAUCCAGGUGCUAUACUUUUGUGGAAUAUGCUGACGUUGCCAUCAGGAUUGCUGACCCACCCUGAAACAGUCACAGUUGAAUGGAUGUUUUCAGAACAGCACAGCCAUGCUGCCUUUAUGCAGUUUCUAGCAUCCUGCAAUCUGUUUUGGAGAUGCUUGCAUCUGAGGAUAUCUGCAUGGACAGAGAAGCCUGACCUCAGUUCUGGCUGUCUUCAUUUAUUCCAGCCACUUAGUGGAGCCCCAUGUAACUGAUAAGGUGCAUCAACUGACUCAUUCUGAGGUUCUUAGAUGCUGAACUCUACUGUGCAUAUAGCUUCCAAGGAACAAGUACACAUGCAUACACGUUUCCCUCCUUCUGCACUUUGCACUCAUUCAAUCAUAAAAUGCUUGAGUAUGGAGGGCAUCUCCUCAUACCAUGUAUGCCAACCCUUCUGUUCACAGGACAGUACUAUCCAAACAGAACAAGUUCCUCAGGGCCACAUCCAAUCAGACUUUAAUUAUCUCUAAGGCUGCACACUCAACAGUGUACUUGGGAAAACUGUAGAUGACAACCAUGACAGUAAAAUGGUUCUUUUCUGAUGUUUAGGUGCCAUUUGUUCUAUUUCAGUUUGUGUCCAUUGCCCUUAAUCCUUGGGACCCAACUAGUAAGAGUCUGUCUGUGUCUUCUUUACUGUUGCCUGUGAGAUAUAUAUGUACACUGAGAGGAGACUUCUCUCAUCAAAAUGAAAUGUUUCCAGUUUUCAUAGCUUCUUCUCUUCUGUCACGUGCUUCAUUCCCAGCAUCAUGUUUGUGGUCCAUCAGCAGACUCACUCCAUUAUAUCCAUGUCUUUCUUAUACUGGUAAGCCCAAAACUGGAGCCAGGACUGCAACUGUAAUCUCACCACUGAUAAAAAGAGGGAAUGGAGCAUCAACUUGAGACAGCUUAUCAUCAACUGCAGUUCCAGGUGCUAUUGGUCUUCUGUGACCCAGGACAACGUAUGUCCUUCUCAGCCAAACUGCUUCCCAGUGGUCAUCUCUCAGCUCAUCCUGGCACGAGUUUAUUUUUCCCCACAUGCAGGAUUUGGCAUUUCCUGCUGUUGAACUUCAUGAGUUUGUUGUCAGCCCAUUUCUCUGGCCUGCUCAGGUCCCUCUGAAUGGCACUGAGUGCAGACUUGCUGAAGGUAUCCUCUGUGCCAUCCUCCAUUAAGGAAGAUGGCCCCAGUGUGUGAAGCUCUGGGGUUGAAUGCUAGUGAGUGGGCUCCAGGUGGAGUUUGUGCUGCUGGUCAGAACCCUGUGUGCUGAGCAGCUGAGCUGGUUGUCAGUCCACCUCUCUGUCCACUUAUCUGAUCUGGACUGCACCAGUUUGCCUGUUAGGACUUUACAGUGUCAAGAGCCUCCUUGUGAAGUGCAAGUGCAUUAGAUAUACGAAGUCCGUGCAUUGUCAGGGCUCUCUGGUAAAAUAGAUUAGAAAAUAAGGACUUGAAAUAAUAUGUUGGAUAUCUGGUUGUAACUGGUUUAACAAUUUGCAUCCACUUAAUCAGGCACAUGGAAGUAUAAGAUUUCCUUCUCGUGCAAAGGUAAAUAUGCUUCUAAAAUAACUAAUGGCAUGUGAUAGACAGGAACGUGGAUACUAGUGCCACUUCUUGUCCUUCAUGCUCUCAUAAAAAACUUGGCAGCUGGAAUGUGAUGGGAUUUUCACAGACAGAAAUAGUAAGAACUCUUCUGCUUUAGUCUCCAUGGAAACUGUGCAAUAACUCUUGACUAUACUUCUGAGACAGUGAGCACUGAUGAAACAGAUGCCUAAACUUAACCAAGCAUUCUCUUUGUGACUGGCAUAAAUUCCAGAGAGCACAUGAGUCAUGUAAAGAGUAGUUUUUAGAGUGCUCACUGUAUUGCUCUAGUCUGAAUUAGAACUUAGCAUUUGGGGAUUCUUAUGAUUGGAAGGGCCAUGUUAUUGUAUAACCAGACCUGUAUUACAUGGCCUCACGGUACUCAUCUCACUCCAGAUGGAUUCAGUUUUACAUUCCUACCCAAACAAAGUUGUCUUGUGGGUGACAGUCACAGUGUUGUGUAAUUAGUGCUCUUUAAAUAGACAGCAUUGUAGUUUUCAGGUUACUUAUUCGUAGGAAUCUGUGUUUUAAUUGGUUUAAUGAGUCAGGUUUCAGUGUGAAUGCUGGAUAUCUCCUAACAUUAAAAGAAAGCUGCAAGCCUGUUGGCUUCUCUUCCCUACUGAUCAAAUAUUUUAGUAAUACUUUCCUGUUAGCAACCUGCUUUCAGAUGUAGAAAAUCUAAGUUAUGCCCAAUGAGGGGAUGUUUGUUGCAAAACGCUUAAUGUUAUGCUGUAUCUUUGUUAAUGUAGAAUAUUUGCGCAGUAAGCUUAAGUUUUUUGCUGUGACUUCUUUUAUGAUGCUGAUUUAAAAAGAAGGAAAGCAUGUUUGUUAUAGGAAUACCUAAAGUUAAAGUUGCAGCUUUUGCCAUCUUCAAUCUAAUUCAUUUCAUUUAUGGAGUCCUCCAUUCACAGUUCGUGCUAAUGUAUUAAUCCUUUUUCUUUCUUACAUAAACUGAACAUGCAGAGAGUGUUUUAAUAUUAUUUCUUCUUUGAGUUCUAGGUAGAAAUUGCAGUCCUCCCAAAAGACAAAGAAACAAUCCAACCCUUUUUUUCCUGAACCCUUCAGUAUCGUACAUAAAUAGUAUUUAAUUCCUCUGGUUUCACUCCAUUCUCUCUCCCUUAUGUUCAUUAAAGAUGAAGAAAUGUUUACAGCUAUGAAUAUACUGCAACUACAUUCUGUAGAAUGGUAAUACCUGCUCUAUACUGUGUUUGCCAGCAAUCCAGCUCUCUGACUAAAAUAAAAAGUGUAGAAGAAGGUAUCUUAUUCCUUCCUUGGUGUGUAGAGAAAUCCGGAAAUCAUUUCAAAGCAGAAAUGUGGCUUUAUUGCCAUAGGCUGGAAUACUAUUGUACUCACUUUGGCAUCUCCUGAUAUGCUGUCAUUUUGAGUAUAAACUGGAGUUUUCUCUUAGUCAUCAUUAAAGUUCUGUGAUGGAGACCUCUUCAUCAGUUGCCUCAAUGUUAGAAACAAAUGACAAGUUGCUUGAAAGCCUUUUGCAAAAUAAAUGUCAUCCUCUUCCUCUAUGGACCAGCUAUGCAGCUGUGUUUUAGGAGCUGAAAUACUUUCUACGUAAAUGUUAAAGGAAGUUGUGAGCACAGAAUUUAUAAACACACAGAUUUGGAGUGGGUUGGGUUUUUUUCUUUUUCUUUCUUUUUUUUUUUUUUCUCUAUGUAGAUGACAGUAAGCAUCUCAGCAGAUUUGGAACUUAGAAACUUUUCUAACUUUUGGUACAGUUCAUAUAUUAAGCAUGAGGUCUUCUAAUAGUGACUACUGACUGCAAUUGAGAACACAUGCCUCAGUGUGCUAUGUACUGCCCAAGUACAUUAUAGAAUUGACCAUACAGCUUUUAAAUAGUCUUACUGAUGCUGUGUACUGCCAUUACUGUGAGACUGUUAUUACUGACAGAAUUACUGGCUUAGAGGCUACUUUAAAUCACUGUGACAAGCAUGCUUUUUGAUUUUUGCAUAGCCUAUCACUUUUUCUUUGUGGGUAAUCUUGAAUGGAAAGGAAAGAGUUCUAAGUUUAUGGAUUUUUGUUUCUGCUAAAGCUCCAAUUGUUUUGGAGUUGUACUGUCUUCCUCCUCUUUUGAUCUUCUGGUGUUUGUCUGACCUAUAGAAGUAAGUUCAAAAGCACUUGGCUGUACAGCCUUCUGGUUUCAGUGUAUCUGCAGAGCUACCAGCUACUUCUUGCUCUACAGGGAGUGCAGAUGUGCAGUAUUGCUUUGUUGUGCAGUAUUGCUUUGUUGUGCACUAUUUGACCUUUAUUCUUGUUUGGAAUCACUUCACGAUGAGAAAGUAUUUUCCUGACAUCCUGUAUGACUAGACUUAGAAAUGCUGUUUACAGAAGCCAGUUUAUUAAGUUUAAUAUACACCUGAGCUUAUUGGCUCUGCUAGGAGAAUCAGCAGUUACAGUACUGGGCAUGAGUAGCCUCAGGACAUCAAUUUCAGGCAGAAAUUUUUGGAUCACAUGAUAAGAAAAACAGAAUUUCUUCAGAAAGUACUGACAGUCUAGAUAGGAUCUUUUAGAAAAGGACUUUCUGAAAACAUGAAAAAAUGAUGAAAAGAAUACUAAUUAAUUUCUGUGUCCGUAAAGAAACUUCUGGUAAUCCCUCUUAUUGUUGACGAACCAUGGCUGUUUGAAAGUCACAAAGCAAAACUAGCUUGCUUUGGAGUUCCAAGCAAGCAUUCAUGGAGCAUGCUUCUUUCAAAAAAAAUAAGCGCUGGAGGUGCAAUAAAAACUAUUUUUGUAAAUUCUAAUGGAAGGGAUUAGGUUUUUCUGUAUUCACAUCUAAGAUGUUUUCUUUGAUUAGUCCAUGCAGCCAUUUUUAGUGGAGGAGGAACCCUGAAGUAUGGUGUUGCUGCAGAAUGAAGUUGUGUUCAUACUUCCACUUUUUCUCUCACUGUCCCUUGCUUGGUAUGCCCCCUCACUUGCAUGCUCAUACUUUCCUUCUUCUAUCCUUCUACCCUUGUAUCUUGCUGUCUGUCAUGCUAUACAUGUGCCCUCCUUCCACAGCUUAUUUCUCUUCUCUCUUGCUUUCCCACCCUCUCACAGGUGCUAAUGCACAGCCCGUGCUAUCCCCAUCUCUCACAUGCUUUGUCUCCAUUUAUCCUCUGUGCGGGCUUUACCCACUCCCCACCUCUUGCACAUUCCUCUUGCCUGUCACACCCCUGCUUCCCACUCUCACAUUUCCUCUGGGCACUUGUCCACUCACGCAUGUACUCUGCUUCCUGUCCUUGUGCAUGCUCUCCCUCCCUACACGUGCUUCAUUUCUCUAUUUCAUUCCUUCCCUCUUGCACACUUUUGCUCUCUUGUAUGUCUUUGUCAUGUGUUCUGAUUGUCCCUUGCUUUUCCUUUCUGUCUUCCUUUCCCAUUUCUCCUUUCCUCCAUUUUCUCCUUUCUCAUUUGGUUUCCAAUCUCUCCCACAUUCUCAAAUUCCCCGUUUCUUGCUGUUCCCCACCCCUCGCACUUUCAGUCUGUAACCUGAGCCUUCCCCUUCUAUCUCCCACUCUCCUCCUCUCUCCUGCUUCUCCUCUGGCUGGCAUUUCCCCUGCCUCACUCUCGCUUUUGCUUCUCUCUCUCACUUUGCCUCUUCCUCGCACUUCUUCCUUUGCACUCUCCUCCUCUUUCUCCUGCUUCUCUUCUUUCCAGCUUUCUGUUCCCUCUCUCCAUUCUUCCCCUGCACCUCUUCUUAUAGUACUUCCCAGCUUUGCCAUUCUUUUGCAUGUUCUUUACCCUGUUAUGCUUGCUUUUUUUCCAUCCUCUCUUUCUUCCGGUCUGUCAUCAUUUCACCAUUGCUUGCAUACUUCUCCAUCUCUGAAACAUUCUUGAAUGCACUUUCCCUCUUGGUCAUGCUGUCAGUCCCUUUCUUAUGCUCUGUGCCACCUUUAUUUGGGACUUUUGUACUACUCUAUCCGCUUUUGUCUAUUUUAUACUCCCACUCCACCUCAUCCUCCCUCCCUCCACUUCUCUCACUUUCCUCACACGUUGCCCACCAUAUUUUCCUUCUUUCCCUCCCUCUUACACUCCUCUCUCAUGCUUCCCUUAUCUCACUUGCACUCUUCUGCUCUCACGUUUCUUCGUUUUUUUGCACUUCCCUCUCCCAGAGUGCCUCACUUUCCUUUUUGCUGUUUUCCAGCAGUAUUGCUUGCUUGCUCCCCUUCACACCUACGUGCACUUUCACUCCCGUGUCUUUGUCAGUGUACCUUUGCUGCUUCUCUCUCUCUUUACUGCUCCCUCCAUCACAUGACCCUGUCUCUCGCUUUCCCUACUCCUUCUGUUCCUUCUCUUGCUCCUCCUCCCUCCUCCUUCUCUCUUCCCCCUGCAUGCCAUUUCCCUUGUUCUUGGCUCUUGUUUUCUCUCUCCAAAAUACUUACCCUCUGCGUUAAUCUCCUUCUUAGACACUUUUCCUCUCUGACUUGUGCUCUCUUGAAGUGCUUACCCUCUCACCUAUGUUUUCUGAUAUGCCUUCCAUUUGUCACCUGUGUAUUUUUCUCUUGCAUUUUCCUGUCACACUCUCUCAUUUUCCCAUUUUAUGUCCUUCUGUCCCCUUAUCCCUCUUGCUUUCCAGUCUUGCAUUCUCUCUCUCUUUUGCAAUUUUCUUCUCUUGCAUGUAUUUCCUCACCUACUUGCAUGUAUUUCUUCUAGUUGCAUGUUUCUGCCCUUAUCUCUGUGCUCUCUUACUCUGGUAUGCUUUCCCUGCUGCAAGUGCUUUUCCUCUCCUUGCUUUCCUCAUCUCCCUUGGGUGCUCACGCUCUAGCAUGUCUUCACAGAAUCAUCACAGAACACCUGGGGUUGGAAAAGACCUCAAGGAUCAUCAAGUCAUCUCUCUUGUGGUCUCUCACUUCCCUCACCUCUUGCAUGCUGUUCCUCUUGCUUGUAAAAUCUUCCCUUCUUGUGUGGAGACCUUCUUUCUUGUGCAAGCACUUUUCCUAGCAUUGCCUCUCCUCCAUUCUUAUUGGGUCCUUCCCAGGCUCUUGCAGUUUCUCCCUUGCUUUGCUUCUCUUUUGCAGACAUACUUCUCUGCCUCUCAGUGUGUAUUUUACCCUCUCCAUUGCACUCUCCCCACACACUCAUGGACACUGUUCGCCUCCCAUAACUGGCACUGCUCUCACACAUGGUUUCUCCAGUCUUUCAUUUUCCCCUAUCUGGUUCUGUCUCAUUUCCUCUCUCCCUCCUUGCCACCGUCUGUUGUUUUCCCAACCCCUUGCAUACUUUUUUUACUCUCUGCAACAUUUUUUCUUUCUUGCACUUUCCCUUAUUAAGCUUUCAGUCUCUUGCUUCUACUACUUCUUCUCUGCCACUUGUUACUCCCUCUCUUGAUCCACACUCACUGUCCCUCUCUCUGAUGAAUGUUCCCUCUCUCUGAUGAGUGUUUGCUCUCCAGUACACACGUUGACUCUCACAUGCAUCCCUCUCUCUGCAUCUCUCUCUCUCUGGCUUUCAUCUCUCUUCCUCCUCAGUCUUGAAAGGUACUCUUCUUAUCCAUGGAUGUGCUUUUCUACUCUCUCACAUACUUUCCUGCUCUCAUUCACACGCUUUCCCCACUUAUUCAUGUGCUUGCACUGUUGCACAUCUUUCACUCACUUUCUGGGGCCUCCAACACAAGAAGGACAUGGAGCUUUUGGAGCGGGCCACAAAGAUGAUCAGAG